ACAGGGGGCAUUAUGGUUAAGGGGAGGAACUUGGAGCUCGGAUCAGAUGCUGGAAAUGUGGCCGUGACGGAUCCAAUACAAGUGAAGUACAACUACUCAGAUGGAAUGUUACGAAUUAAAAGUAUAGUACCACAAUGACGACCUCAUGGAGUGACCGGUUACAGAAUACAGCUCAGAUUCCUGCUAAUGUGGAUGGGUAUGCUUUGAAGAAAUACAGACGUGAAGCAUAUCACAGGGUGUUUGUAAAUAGAAGCUUAGCCAUGGAGAAAAUAAAAAUCUUUGGUUUUGACAUGGAUUACACUCUAGCUGUAUACAAGUCACCUGAAUAUGAAUCUCUUGGGUUUGACUUGACUGUUGAGCGACUGGUAUCUAUUGGGUAUCCACAAGAACUUCUCAACUUUGUUUAUGACCCUACGUUCCCUACCAGGGGCCUGAUAUUUGAUACUUUAUAUGGAAACUUGUUGAAGGUAGAUGCCUAUGGUAAUAUCCUAGUCUGUGUCCAUGGAUUUAACUUCAUGAGAGGGCCAGAAAUAAGGGAACAGUACCCCAACAAAUUUAUUCAGAGAGAUGAUACCGAGAGGUUUUACAUCCUGAACACUCUGUUUAAUUUGCCAGAGACGUACCUGUUUGCAUGUUUGGUAGAUUUUUUCACUAACUGUUCACGAUACACAAGCUGCGAAACAGGAUUUAAAGAUGGAGACCUUUUCAUGUCCUUCAGAAGUAUGUUUCAGGAUGUUCGGGAUGCAGUAGACUGGGUCCAUUACAAGGGUUCACUGAAGGAGAAGACAGUAGACAGUCUACAAAAGUAUGUGGUGAAAGAUGGCAAGCUUCCUCUUCUUCUGAGUCGGAUGAAUGAAGUGGGAAAGGUCUUCCUUGCUACCAACAGCGAUUAUAAAUAUACUGAUAAAAUUAUGACAUACCUCUUUGAUUUUCCUUAUGGACCAAAGCCAGGGAUUGCUCAUCGUCCUUGGCAGUCCUACUUUGACCUUAUUCUUGUGGAUGCCAGAAAGCCAAUCUUUUUUGGAGAAGGAACUGUCCUACGACAAGUUGACACUAAUACUGGUAAGCUAAAGAUUGGUACAUACACAGGACCAUUGCAGCAUGGCAUUGUCUAUUCAGGAGGUUCUUCAGAUACUGUGUGUGAUCUUCUGGGAGCAAAAGGAAAAGAUAUUCUGUACAUUGGAGACCACAUCUUUGGGGAUAUCCUCAAAUCCAAGAAACGUCAAGGGUGGCGUACUUUUCUGGUGAUUCCUGAGCUUGCACAGGAGCUACAUGUUUGGACUGACAAGAGUCCUUUAUUUGAAGAAUUACAGAGUCUGGAUAUUUUCUUGGCUGACCUCUACAAGCAUUUGGAUAGCAGCAGCAGUGAACGUCCCGAUAUCAGUUCAAUACAGAGGCGCGUCAAGAAAGUGACUCAUGACAUGGAUAUGUGCUAUGGAAUGAUGGGAAGCCUAUUCCGUAGUGGAUCCAGACAGACACUUUUUGCCAGCCAAGUUAUGCGGUAUGCUGAUCUGUAUGCAGCUUCUUUUAUCAACCUUCUGUAUUAUCCCUUCAGCUAUCUUUUCAGAGCUGCUCAUGUCCUGAUGCCCCAUGAGUCAACAGUGGAACACAUUCAUGUUGAGGUCAAUGAAAUAGAAUCACCUCUAGCAACUCGUAACCGUGGGUCAUUGAAUUUCACAGACCUAGAUAUUAAACGUCAUCAGUUGACAAGAUCCAUCAGUGAAAUCAAACCUCCUAACCUCUUCCCACAAGCACCACAAGAGAUUACACAUUGCCAUGAUGAAGAUGAUGAUGAGGAGGAGGAAGAGGAAGAAGAAGAAGAGUAAUACUGAAAGUAAUGUUGCAGUUAUUACAUUGCUCAUAGGAGGACCAUUUUACAUUCUGUUUUUUCAGAGUGAAAAUUAUUCACUGGUACAAAAGUAAAUAAAAACAAAGCAGUUAUUUUAUAAUGGUUUUAGUACACCAGUCCAGAUUAGAUAAAACAUUUGCAUUGUCAUGUAACUUACUGUUUUAUGCAAUUCAGAUGAAACUGGAUCUAGAUAUCACAAAUGUGGUUCCUCUCAUGGUUUAAUGAGAGACUGCAUGUACUUUUAUUGUUUUUAAUAUUAAGUAGUUA